UUGAAUUCGUUUCUUUAUCUGUAUGCUGAACAGUUGUUGACACUGGUACUUGUCUCCAUUUAAAACCGUUACUGAGUGAGUGGAAUCUCGCCGGAAACACCUUAUCUUCAGUUAUUUCUUCUUAAUUUGGAUAUAUUAUCGAUAAAAGAUUGCCAAAAUGUCAGAUGGGGAUAAAGCACCUGAAAUUCAUGAUGAAGAAGAUGUUAACUAUAAACCACCACCUGAAAAGUCAUUGAAAGAAAUUGUUGAGGCUGAUCAAAAUGAUGCCAGUUUACAAAAGUAUAAAGAAGCUUUGCUUGGUCAGGCUUUGAAAGAACCAAUUAUUGUUGAACCCGAUAAUCCAAAUCGAGUAUUGGUAAAAAGACUUGCAUUAGUUGUGGAGGGGCGUCCUGAUGUAGUUCUAGAUCUGACAGGUGAUUUGAACGAACUGAAGAAAAAGACUUUUGUUGUCAAAGAAGGUGUCCAGUAUCGCAUUAGAAUAGAUUUUUAUGUUCAAAGAGAAAUUGUGACUGGUCUGAAAUAUAUCCAGAAAGUUUUGCGACAUGGAAUACAACAUGAGAAGCUCACUCAUAUGGUUGGAAGUUAUGCUCCUAAAUUAGAUAUGCAGUCAUACUCUACUCCAGUUGAUGAAAUGCCUAGUGGGAUGUUGACCAGAGGUACUUACACUGUGAAAUCUCUUUUUACAGAUGAUGAUAAAAAUGAACAUCUCAAAUGGGAAUGGUGCUUUGAACUUAAAAAGGAUUGGGAAUGAAAUAUUUAUCUCUUUUGUACAGGUUUAAAUGAAUUUCUUUUUACAAAUCAUACGUUUUUGUUAUUAGAAACAAUACAGAUUGUUACAACUGUAUGUCGUAUAGUGUAUUAAGUGUGUAUAGAUCUAAAAAAAAUAUAUGUAUACACAAAUCAAAAGUUUUUCUAUCAUGUUUACAUUUGCUGAAAUCAAAAGCUAUAUAUGGAAUUCUCAGGAGCAGGAUUGGAUUUUGAAUUAUGCAGGUGCACUUCCUAUUCAUAUUGCAAAGAACAAUUUUGACAUACCAUUGUAAGCUUUGUAAAUGCAUAAUUCUUUGCGUGACAACAAUUAUUAGCAUUGUCAACUAAUUUUCAAAUGUGCCUUAAGUUGUUUCAUGGAACUAAUGCUUUAUCAACAUCAGACUCAAUCACUAUUGCCUAAAUUUAAAUCCAUGAUGAGAUAAUUGUGGUGUGCUGAUUUAAAUGUCAUAUGAGGCCUUUUUACAUAUUGUUGCUAAAGUUAAAUAUUUUUAUACUUUUCAACUUGUUCUAUACAUUGCAUUGCAAUCAAAUAUAUAACUAAAAUGUUUGUGUAGUUUAUUCUGUUUUUCUCAUUGUUAGAUUGCAAUUGGCAUUUAAUGUGUGCAAUGGCAAUUUUAUUAAAUGCACUAUGUGCUAUGUAUCAUAAAAAGUGUAAUAUGCAUUUUGAAAUAUGCUCAUAAUGUAUUUGCCAGUCAAAACUACAUUUUUUAUUGAUGAAACCUUUUUGUACUCUUUGCUAGCAAUAAAUGAGUGAAUAUUUUGCCUUUAA